AGUCCGAACAUCGAAAACAACUUGGAAGUACGGAGCGCUCCGUGCUUCCAGAAGCAUACCAGACACACUCAGAUAUAUGUACUUUCUGGAUAAAGUUAAAAAAUAGGAAAAUGGGCAAAUUUCUAGUCAACAGAGGUUUUUUUUUGCUUUUUUUUUUAAUUCUCUAUUACAUGCAUUAAGGAUUUGACUUAAAACGUUAUAAAAAGUCAAAGUUGUAGUCAACAGAGUUUUUUUUUUCUCCUUCCUCUCCUAUUACAUGCAUUAAGGAUUUGACUUAAUUGAGGUUCUAAUGGCUUAAUUAAGAUAAUAUUUGGGAUAAGAGUAUCUAGUGGAGCUAGAAUUUACCAUGUGAUGAGCCCCAUGUUAGCUACUUGGUUGCACAACUUUGCACAUUUUGUUCUCAAUCAUGGUCGAGUCGUCGCGAUUCACGAGCUUAGAGAUAGCAAUUUGGACAUUUAUUGUAAAGAUAGCAUAAAACGGUGUCAAAGUAUAAAAAGAAAAGUGAAAUUUUGGUUCGACGUGAUUAAUUUAAUACAGUUGUAAAUAGAAUAGCAACUGUCAAAGUACAAAAUACAAAUUGUAAUGCAUAGUUUCAAUAAUUUUCUUCUACCAAUUUGUUCUGUUCAGUAGAUCCCCACAUCGAGACCAUCAAAUUAAUCUAUCGUUCAUACUGUUUUGAGAAUUUUCAUGUUUACAGGCCUAUUCGUGCCUCUCCAGCUCGCCGCAUCACGAAUACUUUACCCCAAUCCUAACACACUAGAAAAACUUGGCUUCAUUAUAAUAAGAUGUCGAAUAGUUAGCAAAUCCCUUUUUAUUAAUUUACAAAUAUCAAAGUUCGCAAUAGUUGCCAAUGUACUUAAAAUAGCGUAUAACUCACUCCCCGACAAAACAAUAGUUAAAAUUUUCCCUAUCAUACCCCAAUACUUAACUAUGUUUACAGAUCAAUGAGUGAUGGGAAACGACAUACCACAUUGGACAUCAUCACAUGCAUCAUGCAUGCAUGUAUGGUGUUGUCAACAUGCAUGCACUAUUCCAUGACUUCGCGCUCCAAGGGGCGCGUAUUAAUUGAUUGUGUACGAGUACAACUUCACCCUCUUCUCUCUCUCUCUGAAUGUAUCUCUGCGUCUACUAUACCUUUCAAAUCAUAAGUAUACGAAAAUCAAUAUAAUGUGAGAUCCGCACGGUUCAAUCUUAUCGGUCCUUUUACUUUGUACAAAUGACAUAAUGUUAUACAAUCUUAUACGCUUGUACUUACGCACGGAUGUAACAAAUUUUUGUGUAUGGUACUGUAGAGAGGUGGUGGAAAUUAAAGUCUAGAGAGAGAAAGUGCGGAGUGAGAUGGGUAUGUAUUCAAGACCCGCUCACUCAAUCAAUAAGGACCCAAUCAUACGCUCCACCACUAGAAAGUCCCCCAAGCCAAAAUAAGAAGAGCGAAACCAAAGGGCGCCUUGUGAGAGAACCCAUUUUUUUCGUUAUAUUUGGAAAACGUAAGCAAAAGGAGAAAGUGCUUUCUUUAUAUAGACUAUAUGUAUCAAUUAUAUAUUAUUUUCAUGGGUUUUUUGUUUUUUGUGUUUAAUCUUUCUUGUUAUAAUAAUAAUUAUUACUAUAGUUAUUUCCUAACCUUUUCUUUCUUCUUCUUUGGCUCUCUCGCUUGCUCCCACACGUGAUUCAGGAGAAAGUGAAACGUUGUGAAUGAGCGCGUUAGAGAGAGAAAAACAUAUAUACAUAUAUCUACAUAGUGAUACUAUAUAUAUAUAUAUAACCCCCGCAGCGGAAAAGCUGUGAUCCUUCGCCUAUAAAUCACCCUUUCUCCAUGAACUUAGAAUUGCUUUCAUGCUUCUCUCCUACCUCAUCACCUUCCGUUACCCUCUGAGAAGAGGAAGAGAAAGAGAAAGAGAAAGAUAAUCACCUCCUCUUCUAUCUCUCCAUCUAUCUAUCAACCAAUCUAUCUUUGUAUUUUGCGUGGAAAAUAUAAUAGUCGUAGAGAAUGAAAGAAGAAGAGGUGAGAGUGCUGGUGAUCAUCAGGGAGUACAACCCGAAGACCGACUGCGACGCGGCGCUGGCGGUGGACCGGAUGUGCGAGGUGGGGCCGAGCGGCGAGAUGUCGCUCUUCACCGACCUCCUCGGCGACCCCGUCGCUCGCAUCCGCCACUCUCCGGCCUAUCUCAUGCUGGUAGCUGAGACUGGUGGGCCGGGGAGACAAAUUGUGGGUCUCAUCCGCGGUUGCGUCAAGACCGUCACCUGCGGUAAGAAGAAGAAGAAGAAGGAGGAGAACAGUGCAGCAGGCACUGACACCGACGCCGACGCUGACGCGGCGAUGGCUCCAGUCUACACCAAGCUGGGAUACCUGCUCGGCCUCCGCGUCUCCCCUUCGCAUCGAAGGAUGGGGAUAGGGAUGAAACUGGUGAGGAAGAUGGAGGAGUGGUUCGGGGAGGAGGGGGCGGAGUACGCGUACAUGGCGACGGAGAAGGACAACGCGGCGUCGAUCGAGCUGUUCACGGGGCGGUGCGGGUACACCAAGUUCCGCACGCCGUCCAUCCUCGUGCACCCGGUGUUCGCCCACCGCCUCCGCAUCCCCCGCCGCGUCUCCAUCGUCCGCCUCCACGCCCGCGACGCCGAAGCGCUCUACCGGAAGCGCUUCGCCGCCACGGAGUUCUUCCCCCGCGACGUCGACGCCAUCCUCGACAACCCGCUCUCGCUCGGCACCUUCGUCGCGGUGGUCGAAGAGGAGGAGGGGCUAGGGUUAGGGUUCCGGUGGAGGGGGGCGGAGGAGUUCGUGGCGGCGCCGCCGGGGUCGUGGGCGGUGGCCAGCGUGUGGGACUGCGGGGGGGUGUUCCGCCUCGAGGUGCGGGGGGCGUCGCGGCUGCGGCGGGCGGCGGCGGCGGCCAGCAGGGCGGCGGACAGGGCGGCGCCGUGGCUGGGGGUGCCGGCGGUGCCCGACGUCUUCCGGCCCUUCGCGGCUUGGUUCGUCUACGGGCUCGGCGGCGACGGCCCCGCCGCGCCGGCCGCGGCGGCGGCGCUCUUCCGCCACGCGCACAACAUGGCGCGGGGCCGCGCCGCCGUCGUCGCCACCGAGGUCGCCGCGUGCGAGCCCCUGCGCCGCGCGAUCCCCCACUGGCGCCGCCUCUCCUGCGCCGAGGACCUCUGGUGCGCCAAGCGCCUCUCCCAGGUCCCUGACGACGACGACGAAGACGAAGAAGAAGAAGAACUCGGCGAUUGGACCAAAUCGGCGCCGGCUCCGUCCAUCUUCGUCGACCCAAGAGAGGUAUAAAAAUUUUCCCCUCUUUUUAUAUUUAGUAGAUUUUAAAAAAAAUGGAAAAAAAAGUGGGGGGGGUGUAUGUUAUGUUAUGAACUGUAGAGAUGAUUCAGGGAGGGGAGAGGGGGAGUAGUGACGUGGCAAUUUUGGAAUUCCGCCCUGGUGACGGGGGGAUUGUUACGGGGGGGUGUUGACUUUGGCUUUUGUUUUGGGGGUUUUAAAAAAGGAUUAUUACUACGUAACGGUUUUUGGGUGUUUUGUGGGAGAUGGGAUGGGAGAUCCCGCGGAUUAUGUGGAGCAAAAGUUAUGCCCCGUUCGUUUGAUCUGGAACGUCCGUUUUGAAUCCAACGGCUCCCCUUUUUGGGAUUUGAAUUUCAGCUCUUUCUUUCCUAUUUUCAAAUCAUUAUUCAUCAUAUCACCGUUUUGGUAAUUUUAUUUUAUUUUUACUUAAA